AUGUGUUUCGGACCGAUUUAUCGAGACAACGAGAAAGACUUGCAAAAUCUCAAUGGAUGUGAGGACAUUUUUGUUAAAAAAUUUUGUUUUGGGUAUUUUGUACACAUUUUUAUGCACAUUCUUUUUCUGCUUUUAAAACGCGUCUCACUCGCUCACCAAGUGCUUGCGCCUGUCAAUAAUUUAUAUAUUUAUUUACUACUUUUUCGUGUGUCACAUACACACACAUAUUUCCUUCUCUAA